AUGGCGGACGGGUCCUCGCAACCGCCCGUCCCGACGGAGACACUACUGCUGAUAGGCCCUAUGCUCAUCGGCGGCUUCUUGUCAUGGAUGCUCUUCGGUGUAUCCGCCGUGCAGCUGUACAUCUACCACGUCUCCUUCCCCCAAGAACGCCCCCUCAUUUGGGCGUCUGUCUACAUCAUCUUCAUCCUCGACCUCGUCCAAAGCGUCGUCGUCUCAGGGCAGACCUGGGACGCCCUCGUUGCAGGCUGGGGCCGCCCUGUCAACCUCGAGUUCCCUGGGUGGUCUAUCACCGGACUGCCGCUCGUGUCCAGCAUUAUCGCGUUGUGGGUGCAGACCUUCUUCGCGUGGCGGAUACUCAGGCUCAGCAGGUCGAAGUGGAUCCCUUUCGUCAUCCUUAUUACGGGCCUCGCGCAAGCAGCUGGUGCUUGGGUGAUCGGGAUCUCCUUCAUUUGGCUCAAGAACAUAGACAGUCUGCAUAGUCCUACCCUCAAUGCGAGCAACAUCAUCUGGCUCGGCGGUAGUGCGUUUACCGAUGUGAUCAUCAUGUUGUCCAUGUUGUAUCUACUGUAUAGCGCGAAACGCAAGGUUGUACGGUUCCAACGAAGCAAGCUGAUGAUUCGCCGCCUCGUCCGACUCACCGUCGAGACUGGUUGCGCCUGUGCGCUGGCUGCUGUCUUGGAGCUCACAUUUUUCCUCGCUCUGCCGAACACAAACAUCCACAUCGCAUUCGGCGCUAUCCUGGCUAAAGUCUAUUCGAACACCCUCAUGACUUCGCUCAACUCCCGCGUGGCCAUCGGCGCGCGCCCCUCGAGGUCCGGCCCCGCAACCUCCGCAAACAUCAGCUUCAUGAACAUCUUCAGCACCCACUCCGAGAUUGACGAGAACCAGACCGCCUCACGCUCCGUCGUCCCGGGGCACCCCUUGCAGAUACACAUCUCGCAUGUGACCGAGUCGGACCACAAGGGCCUCGGCUCGGGUGGGCCUUCUGACAAAGUCGAGCCGGACUGGGACAUUGAGAUGGCUGAUCUGCAAAAAGGCAGCGGACACGGCAAGGAUGACGUUGCUCCGGACAUGCUGCACGCCAAGGACGCGCUGUGUUGA